GUCUCUCGUCCUUCUUGCACGCUCUCCUCAUCCCCUGGAGCCUCCCUGGUCUCCACACCUCUACCCUGCAAGCACAGCUGACACAAUGAGAUCUUCCAAAUUAACGACUUCUAAUGACAAACUCCACUCUGAUGGUGCUUCAACUAAGAGUCUGACACCACAGAGAAAACAUCGCAAACUCUUGAAGGAUGGCACAAGCGAAGUCUGGCCUGAAGAGAUAGAGAAGAUAUUCGUUCAAGGAUUACGCCAAUAUUGGGAAUCUCCAUGGGCUACUUAUUCACGCGGCCGCAGUCGAUGGCGUAACCAGUUUCUGGUCGAUUACCUCCAGAAGGCUGGUGUAGAACGAUCGAAGAAGCAAGUGGCCAGCCAUAUCCAAGUCUUAAGAAAUAUGUGGAAGGGAGAACCAGAAUAUCAUCUUGUUGCUGGAGGAGAAGAAUUAUUUGUCGAAACUGGCUUGUUAGCUCACGUGAAAUCAGAGGAACCGUGUGACUCACACCUCUUGACCCCUCUUCAACUGGAAGAGAUGAGAUCUCACUCUCCGGCGUCGUUAUUCAUCACCGACUCACCACUCCUCUCACCGAGGCCUAAGCAUAUGUACCCACGCCAUUGUCAAUCCGUAGGCUC